AUUUUACUGCGAGAACGCCGCGUCCCACGGGCGGCGCACGCGCAGACUGUCACGCCUGCGCCUGCGGGCCCCGCCCCCGCUCGCGGGUGUUUCCGGUGUUUGACGUUGCCAUGGAGUCUGGAGCGGCCGGCGGAAGCCGCUUGUCGCCCGGGCAACCCGAGACAACGAAGGCAGACCAAGGUGGAGGUGACAAUACCUUCUGCGAUGGUGUCCAACCCGGUGCAUGGCCUGCCCUUGCUCCCGGGCGCGUCCUUUAAGGACUCCACGAAAACAUCCUUCCAUAGAUGCCAGACACUGGGCUACAGGAAUGGCUAUGCAGUUAUCCAACGUCCAACAUUUGGGAUAGGUGGGGACCGGCUCCAGGUCAACCAGCUGUCCCAGGCUGAGUUGGAAGAGUUGGCCAAUAAGGCACCAAUUCUAACUUAUGGCCAACCUAGGCAGGCCCCACGUACAGAUUUUGUUCCUGCGCAUGUGGCUUUUGACAAAAAGGUGCUGAAAUUUGAUGCCUAUUUCCGAGAAGAUGUUCCUAUAUCAACUGAGGAACAUUAUAGAAUCCGUCAAGUAAACAUUUACUACUACCUAGAAGAUGACAGCAUGUCUAUCAUAGAGCCCAUUGUGGAAAACUCUGGGAUGCCUCAAGGCAAGUUAAUCAAACGCCAGAGGCUCGCCAAGAAUGAUGUGGGAGACCAUUACCAUUGGAAAGACCUAAAUCGAGGAAUAAACAUCACAAUUUAUGGCAGAACAUUCCGCAUUGUUGACUGUGACCGAUUCACACAGGUAUUUUUGGAAAGUCAAGGAAUUGAAUUAAACCCACCAGAGAAGAUGGUUCUUGAUCCUUACACUGAACUGCGGAAACAACCUGUUCGUAAAUAUGUCACCCCAUCGGACUUUGACCAACUCAAGCAGUUUCUUACAUAUGACAAGCAAGUUCUUCGAUUCUAUGCGAUCUGGGAUGAUACAGACAGCAUGUUCGGUGAAUGUCGGACCUACAUCAUCCAUUACUACCUCAUGGAUGACACGGUGGAGAUCCGAGAGGUCCACGUGCGGAACGACGGGAGAGACCCUUUCCCACUGCUGAUGAAUCGUCAACACAUGCCCAAGGUGUUGGCGGAGAACGCAAAGAAUUUUCCUCAGUGUGUGCUGGAAAUCUCUGAUCAAGAGGUGUUGGAAUGGUACACUGCCAAAGACUUCAUUGUUGGGAAACCACUCACCAUCCUUGGGAGAACCUUCUUCAUUUAUGACUGUGAUCCAUUCACUCGGCAGUACUACAAAGAGAAGUUUGGGAUCUCUGACUUACCACGUAUUGAUGUGAGCAAGCAGGAGCCACCCCCUGUGAAACAGGAAUUACCUCCGUAUAACGGCUAUGGACUGGUUGAAGAUUCUGCUCAGAAUUGCUUUGCUCUCAUUCCAAAAGCUCCAAAAAAAGAUGUUAUUAAAAUGCUGAUAAAUGACAACAAAGUGCUUCGUUAUCUGGCUGCACUGGAAUCUCCCAUCCCAGAAGACAAAGACCGCCGAUUUAUCUUCUCUUAUUUUCUAGCCACUGAUAUGAUCAGUAUUUUUGAGCCUCCUGUUCGAAAUUCUGGUAUCAUUGGGGGCAAGUAUCUUGGCAGGACUAAAGUUGUUAAACCACUCUCUACAGCGGAUAACCCCGUCUACUAUGGCCCUGACGACUUCUUUAUUGGUGCUGUGAUUGAUGUGUUUGGCCACCGGUUCACUAUCCUUGAUAUAGAUGAGUAUGUUGUAAAAUAUAUGGAGAGCAAUGCUGCCCAGUAUUCGCCAGAAGCACUCUCAUCAAUUCAGAACCAUUUCCGAAAGCAAGGAGCACCUGGACCGGAACUGGAAAACAAGCAAGCUAAAGAGGAUGCAAGCGUGCAAGAACUAGAAGCGCUAAUAGAAACAAUCCAGAAGCAACUGAAAGAUCAUUCAUGCAAAGACAACAUUCGUGAGACAUUUCAAGUUUAUGACAAGGAAGCUACAGGAUAUGUGGACAAGGAGACCUUCUUCAAAGUCUGCGAGUCUCUUCAUGUCCCGGUUGACGACUCCUUGACUAAGGAGUUAAUCAGGAUGUGCUCUCAUGAUGAAGGCAAGAUUAGCUACUAUAACUUUGUCCGUGCUUUCUCAAACUGACCUGGCUGAUGAGAGAACGCAAUAGAGAUUUUUGAUAUUGGACCUAUACUUGGAAAUAUACCUUUUGUUCUUUACAGAGGCAUUUACAGACGUCUUGGUUAUUAUAUUUCACUACUCCUAAAGUCUAAAAUAAAUUGAUUUUUGUAGGAUCUAA